ACAGUUCAACAAAGGCAGCACUUGGAGUAGCUAUCAUUCGUAGCUUUAUAAAGAACGCAAGUGAGGAAACAGAAAAAAGAAAGGAAGAAUGCGCUCCUACCAUGCUCCACAGCCACCCGUCUUGAUGUGGAUAGCAUGAGGGAGACGCAGCCAGUGUAGCAGACGGCCGCCCGCCCAGGCGAAGGUGUUGGGCUCCGCGCUCAGAAUGGCGGCUCUGCACGGUGAUUUCGAACUCUGGCUGACCGACAAGUUGCGAGCCCUGAACAUCGAUCCGGACGUGUUUGGGAGCUACAUCACGGGCAUACUCGAAGGCAACGAGACGGAGGACGAGAAAUCCGAGGCGCUCCAAGGCAUCCUCACAGAAGUUUGCCUGUGCGACGUGAAAGACGAGAUAUUUAACAAGUGGUCCAAGUAUAACGAGCGGCCAGCCGAGGGAGAUGUGCGGGUGAAUGACGAACAAGGGAAAUACAACGUCGAAGCGAAGCUAGUGAGUCUCAUGGAGGAACAGGCCAAGUCUGUUGUCGCCGAAAAAAACCUAUCCGUGGAGGAACAAAAAUUACGACAAGCCAUUCUUGCGCAGUACGGUGAAGUCUCCGAUGGAGAAGAGGAAGUGGUAACAAAGUCAUCUACAGAAUCGGUGGUGGCCCCUCCUGCGGCUUCUGGAGCAGCCCACAAGGAACAUUACGUUCCAAAAUUGCUUGCGAGGAACACUAACGCCGAGAAUGUCGCCCAGGCCGAGAAGGAGAAGCGAGAGCAUAGCAAGCAAGAGCAUGAGCGCAAGAAAGCGCAGGACAAGCUGAACCGCGAGAAACAGAAGCAGCAGGCACAAGAGCGCAAGGACAAAGAGCGCAAACGCACUCAGAAGGGCGAGCGGCGCCGGUAGCACCGCACGCCGACACACGCAUGCUCGUGACUCCCACCUUACAUCCCUUGUGGACCGUGUUGAACAGACGCUAGGCAUGUUUUUCCAGCACCCGGAGAAAUGUUAACGCAGGUGCAAUCGGGAUAUCGCAUUGACCCGAGUGAUUCUCCAAACUGCCGACAUCAGGACCACGAACGCCUUCUAGUGAGUGCCAGUGGAUGUGGCUAGACUAGAGCUUACUGUUUCACCUUGAAUAAAAGUCUGCUAUUAACACAGCAGACUUUGCUGCAUUAAAACGAAAGUGCGAUGCAUCGGCCCAGAAUUGCCAGUAGACAGGAAACACCUUCGUAGUUCUGAGAUUGCAUGCGGCUUUUGAUUGGUUCAGAGCGGUCCUUAAAGGGCUUUUAGACCACCUGUCAUAUUUUUUCUUAACAUUUCAAGUAAAUGCACGCAAAGUUAAGAGUGCUGUUGUGAUUAACCGUGCAAAGUGUGGCAGCACUAUGCACUCCAGGUGUGCCACAAAAUUUAAAAAAAGAAAUCCCACAGUUCUCCCUAGGGCCCUUCAGCAUUUCUAGCAUUGGACUUGACGUUACCAGGAGAAUCUGAUUACAUCAGCAGCAGAAAGAACCUCUUAGUCCUGCUUGCAGGAAUGCACGCUCCUGGUGUAUGAGGAAGAACACUCUGCCAGUAGGAGAGGCAGGCCAACAAAGAGCGGAGCAAAGGAAAGAGCAACACAGGUGAUGGUCAUAUUUAGUUCUUCAAAUGCGUGUAACCUCACUACUGUAUAAUGGCUCCGUUAUCAAAAAUUUUUGCAACCAUGUGCGUUUUGUAGACUCAUGCACAACUGCAACCCCACUAUUAAAUCUCGACCUCUUGGUGGUUUAGAGGCCCUUUAAUCCUGCCUUCUGACAUGCGCUGAUUGAGAAUGUUGAAUCUGGCAGAAAGCUGUUUUAGUGGUGAUUGAUGACUUGUUGUCCCAACAGAGCUUGAAGAUGUCAUUGAUGGUUGCGUUUACUGGUUCACAUAUGACAUGUGUAUUACGAUCAACAUAGUCUGUGUUCCCAAUUUGAAUGAACUUACUGAUGCAUUGUUCCAUACUUCAUAUCAAUAUGGUAUCAAUAUAAAUGAACCCAGCCAUGUUUGUAAGUCGUAGCACCAUUUUCGGUUUAAAGCCAGUCGAUGGAUCGGCAGAGUUUAAUCACUGGUAGUGAAAUUGCUCAUUGCUAUUAUAAAUGGUGUGCUCCUGAGAUUACUAUGAUUACUCGGGUACAUGUGACCCAUGCGAGUCCUGAGUUUGCAUUUCUCUUUUUGUGCUGAUAGCGUGUGUAUUGUUUCGUCGCCCACCUUCGAGUGAUGAUGUGCUCGAGUUUCCUGCGUAACACCAAAAAAAUGACACAUGUUGUUGGUGUUCAUGUUAGAAGUGAAGGCGAAGCCUCUAGUAAACCAUGAGUACCCUCAAGCUUCAGUGUCCUUGCCGUUGCGCAGCCCAAGCAGCUGACGGUUUGUUGCUCUUCUUUGUAUUCAUGCGUGAGCCUUAUUGAAUUAUGGCACACUGUCACCCCAUAGCCCCUUGUCAUUGCAGCUGCAGGAACCACUGGUCAGCGCUUUGUCGUUGCAGGGUGGUGUGUGCUAUUUAUUUUUUUUGUCUAGCAGAUUUGUCUAUUACGUCUGGCUUUGGGACGUUAAACCCCACAUAUCAAUUGUCUAUUAUGUCACAUUUGCUUUUUUUUUUCACUCAUCACCAAUGUUUGUGUGUUUAGGAAAUUCUAGUGCAUUUGCAUUUUGGUGUUGAGUUGCAAAAGAAAAGUAAUUUUAAAUUUAUGUGUUGUGAAGGGACAUAUUUGAGUUUGGUCCCCUCCACACAGCUUGAUAAGUGGCCAUCUGUGCUUGAGGUUUACGGCCUCAAACCCGAAUCCUUAGAGCGUAAUAAGAAUGAUCUUUUUCUGUGUUAGACAAAUCGACAUAGUACUGCAGGAAAGGUUUUAUUCUGUUUAGUGAUGAACUACUGGUUUUCUUGUAGUCUGUGAUGAGACAAUGCAACUCACGUUUGGUUCUCGUGUGACAUUACUGUAACAUAUUUCGCUGUUUUUUCAGGGCACUCUUAAGCUGAUGUGGGUAAAGCUACUAUAACAACAAUUGUAUAAUUAUAAUCUGUUUAUCAGUUUUAUGGUGUAAAUUUUAAUGUGGAAGUGGACAGCUUGGUGAAGACAAAGCAAAAAUAGUGAUAUGGCUGCCUUGAAUAUUGGUAAAAUUAUGGUGGGAAGUUGCAUUCAAAAGUAAGAAUGCCUCUGUUCAAUUUCAUGUAAGUUUCAAAAUUUAUAUAAUCUCUCUCUAAUGUAGAAACAUUGAGGGUAGAAAGUAAAGAACCAGUAAUGAACAGUGAUUACAAGACUAUUUUUUGAUGCCCAAGUAAGGUAGUGACUUUCGUAAUAACACUUACUACUUUUCUACAAAAUUUAUUAUUCAUGUGAAUGUUCCUGGCCGCAACAAUAUUGAAUUGCGAUUUCAUGAAUAGGAUUGCAUUAUCACUCUACUGAAAGGGAGCUAUACACAGGGCUUCCUGUGAUUCAUGCCUCCUUUAUUUCUUUCAAUGCCAGCGCAAAUGCAUGCUUUUCCACAGGAGCUGUCAGUCCGCCUUAGUUCAAGGAGUGGUCGUGAUGAAACGUUGCAUGAGGGCUAGCGCUGCUUGUGGCUCAUGUGUGUCGAAGUGCUGUGCCUCAGAGAUGCGAUAGACUUGUGUCCCGCUCCAAUGUCAUACAUCUGUCAGAUUUGAUCCUUUGUACACCUUCAUUGUGGCUCGAAGCAAUGCUGCCAUCGUAGCACAGUGCUCUUAAAGUCAGUACAUGCAGUAGUGUUGCAGUGACGCUUUCCCAUUGGUUCGCCGCAUAGCGCCACGAACGGGCACAUGCAAUCUCGAAACAUCGUCAACAUUGUGAACACGGGGAAUGCAACGCGCUGCCUCGUGGAUCUGUGCACUACUGAAAAAAAAUUAAUUUAUAUGAUUUUCCUCAUGAGACACUGCAUGAUGGGUUCCCUCCCCCGUGACUGCAAAGCACACGCGAAGGCUAGGCAAUGAGCAAGAGUGGGAAAGGGCUAGAGGAGAAGGUGGUGAACAGCUGGAUUGGGCAUAUGUGGCGAGCAUCAUCAAAAUAACGGGCACUGAUGUGAUCAAGAAUGGAAACCUGCCUACAGCAAGAAACAGUUCUGCCACUCAGUAUUGUUUUGCAAAUAAGAUUCUGGCAUACGUGUCUCUUAUAGCACUGCUAGGAGGGGUUUUGGUCACUCUAGGGCAGCUGAUGCAGCCAUGAGCACCUUUUCUCGUUUACCGUGACAUUUCUCUAUGGCUGUCAUCAUAGGAGUUAAUGGACUAAGAAACCAAGUCAAAGGCAGCUGACACUGGGCAUUGGUAAUCUGACUUGUUAGUGCCUAUACGUGAACUCGCUGUUUACCUGUGCGAGCAGGGCUAUUCAACGGAAGUUGCAAAACCAGUUCACUGAAGCAAUGAGUUUAUUUAAAAGCUUGAUACCGUAUGCCUGGUGCAAGUGUAUAGACAAAACUCGUGAUCUUCUGUUAUGUCUGCUAGUUUACAAGCGAUGACCUUGUUUUUACGUCCUCAAUUGUAGCCAUGACUGGUACAACUCUUGUCAUGUUUUCAAGUACUUCCAAGUUCGCUUUAGUUUGUUACUCUUGCUCAUGCAUGCCAUGUCUAAAGGAACAUUUUCUGCAUUCUGUACAUUUGCCUGCAAAUAGACAAAACUGCAUAGUAACAUCAUAGCGAAGUGCCAGUGUGAUGUAGCCAGCACUUGUAGGCUCGUCAUGAAAGAAAUUAAUGGUGUGGAAACACGGCUAGAGAAGCGAACCAGAUUUCAAGAACACAUAUUGGGUGACCUGCUUCUCUUACAUGUGUACACGCUUUACCUUUUUUUAUGGACGAACAUCUACCUACUAGCUCAACUUACCAUUGUUCUAAACUUCUAGACUGUUGUGUUAGCUUAGCAGAGUUGCAAAGAGAGUGUAUAGUCUAGUGAAUAGCUAAAAACAACUGGUUAACUCAAGUGGAAAAGCUGGUGCCCAUUGAUUUUCGCUGAGAGGUGAGUGGCAUGUUAAUUUUGUUAGUGCCAUACAGCUACAUGAAGGAACUACAGAAUUUUCAUCUGACCAGGACAGAGGGUCUCUGUUGAGCGCAAAGAAAAGUACUGAGUAAUGGCACGCAUUUACAAGUACUUUAAACAUUCAUUGACACUAAUGGCAUCCAUACCUGUGAUUUAGCCCAAACAAAACAUUCUUGGAACUUUAUUUUCUCUUUUUACUCAUUCAAGUCAGGCCAGAACCAGCACUGCAGAACCUUUUCAGAAAGUAAUCAUUUUUUGUCACCAUUCCCGUGAUUUCUGCAAACCUAUUCAGCGUUAUGCUGCUAGUCAAUGAUGCCAUUCGAGCUUUUUUUCUUGUUACUGUGUUGACUUUCCCAUUGUAGUUUGUCUGUAGCAUUUAACAUUUAGAAGGUUGUUCCUUGCCAUCGCUCCAAUUUAUGACAGCAGUAUUCUGUUUGCAUGUCCUUAGGUCUUUGCACUUGUUUUUCAAGCCACUUUAUCAUUGAAUCCUGGCUCAUGUGUACUUGUGUUUGUUGCAUUAAUUGCUCCUGAACAGUUUUUAGAUCUACUGUGCAUAAAUUAUACAAUGUACUGUGUACAAUUUAUUUGUAUCCAGACAUGAAUCAUACCUCAGCAUCACAAACAAGACUAACAAAUUACCAGGUUUACUGAAGUAAAUGAAAAAUUCAACUUGGUAAUAUCAUUUUGUAAAAACACACACGCUUAGUUAUUAUCCGAUAUACUGCAAUUCAAGUGUACCUUCCCUCAAGUGAGGUGCCCUGAAGCAUCGAAUAUCCAUGUCCUGCAUCGUAACAGCCAGGCAACAACUCCGCUUGUGAAUAUGGAGUGCUCUAGAGACUUUUGUAUUGUUUAGAAGUGGUAGUCAUUAUGCAUGUCUUAGAUUGAUGUGUGAAUGUCAUCGUGGAGGAUGGAGAAUAUGUUCUGGUUUUUGUACAAUCAGCUCUGUGAGGUCCUUUUGGGAUUGCUUUUAUUUGUUAUAUGACAAUAUUCUAGCGAUGUGUUAUGCAAUACACAAGUUAGUACGUACACAUACUCGAUGUUCUCGCGUACUUGUGAUAGGCAGCAGGCACAUUACAGUUAAUAUAUCCAGUUUAUGAUGCCUUCAACGGUUCUCAUGCUUUUUACAAUUUUAUUUUCGGACGUUUGGUGACUGUGCAUGUCGUAUUUUUCAAUUUUUAAUUCUGAGGGCAAUAUUGCUUUUAACCAAUGCCCACUGGGCAAGCCAGCAGACUGAUUUCUUGUUGAUGCUGUAAAAAAAGUCACGUAAGAUACCGUGCCACGUAACAAAUAAAUAUAACGAAAAGUAAUUACUCAGAAGCCCAGCUUCCUCAAGAACUUGGAAGGUGAGGGCUCUAAUAUGUUGCAGAGUGGUUUGAAACGGGGGGCUGUCAUUUUGUUGAUGUUAGAAUUAGGUUGUUUGCAGCUGUUUAGUGUAAUACAACGAGUCUUUGGCUGCCAUGACAAAUGGACAUUGUAGUAUGUGGCAGUGUAACAUGUGAAGCCUCGUCUACUGUUGUGAACAUAUAAUCACUUGCACGUGAACAUAGUCUAGCAGAGCACAUGUAGCCUCUGAUGUGUUAUUAAUGUAGCAUCAUCGUAACCGUAAUGCUACCCGUCGGGUGAAAUGAUGGUGACUAUGGCAAUUGAACGAAUUUCAAUGAACACAUCAAGCUGGCAUGUAAUGUGUACCGCCAACCGCUUCCUCAUAGCACAUUCGAAGGAAUCUCUUGAUGUACUGGCCACAACUCCUUCAAUUUGCUCUUGAUAGUCUUAGCAUCAAUGUGUUCAUUGUAGUGAGCAAAACGUUGUAGGAUCUAUUUUGCCAACCGUACAGAAAUUGGAACAGGGCUGUGGUUAAUACCUCUCUAGGUGUGGCUUAUUUUUGUUCGCUGCAGAAUGAGGCUAUUCCUACAUUUUUUCCCGGUCAGCUUGCUCUAGUGAUGAAGCGAGAAUUUAACCUGCAAAUCAAAAAUUGUUCUCUUCGACUGGCAGGUCCCUUUAAAUCCAGUGGUGCUUAGAAUAAAUGUGAUACUGAAAGAUCA